AUGAGCCCCUCCAUCAGUGUGUUUAAAGAAAGGUGGCCAGCGUUAUUCACUGAGGCUCAGAUUAAGGAUGAGUUCAGACGUAUAACAACAGUGUCCUUGGAGGAGACUUUCAUGCGGAAACUUGAUGAGUACACACCACGUCUUUUGAAGCUUAUGCAGGCUAGAGGUGGAGUUGCUGGUCAGAAGAUGCGCCAUCAGCUGUAUACUGUAAAUGAUACACAAAGCAUUGAGAAGAAAAGGGAUACAGUUGUCUGCUGCCUCAUUAACUACCUCGGUGAAAAGGAAGAAGAUCUUUUCCAUGACUGCCAGGAAUGUGAGGGCUACUCAGAGCAAACGAUGAAGGUGUUGGUGAUGCACGAUGCCAUGGCUGAAGAGGAUCCAUCGGAUGUGUUCAUUGUGAUUGAGGGGAACAAAUUAGAGGGAGCGAGGUAUCACCACAACCCCCCCCCACUUCGUCACCCCACCCCCUACACAUGCCACCGACGCCGCUGGGCACCUAUUGAUUUAUGUCCUGACAAGAUGUGCCUCCACGUCGGGGUCAGUCGCUCCAGCGUUUGUCACUUCUGUGUUUGUGAAUUGGAGGUAAGUCGUUUAGCGAGUCUGAGGGUGAGCUGCGGGGUCACACCUCAGAUCCACGGGAACCUCAACACCACGGAAAGAGUCGGAAGUGGUUAG